CAGUUAACUAGAACCCAUGAUACACAAGGCCAAUGCCACGGUGAAAAAGUAUACGAUUCGCUCGGACCCGAUGAUCGUCCAUCUCACUUGGGCAAGCGUGCAGCAUUGGCAAAACGUGUCCCCCUGGGCGUAGCUUGGAUUGUGCUCGGUUGAGAUGAAUCGACAUAUGUUGGGGUCACGAACAUGGCUGCGCCUGAUCGAAUUCGCGAUUCUUCGACAGACCCAGCUCGGCCGCCCGACGGUGGCUAUGGUUGGAUAUGUGUUGCAGCGUGCUUUUGCAUCAACUGCUUCACUUGGGGUGCCUCUCAAACAUAUGGCGUUUAUCUAGAGAACUACCUGGCCGACGAUAGAUUUCCAGAGGCCACACUUGUGGACUACGCCUUGAUCGGCGGUCUGAACCUCUCCAUGGCAAUGCUGGUUGCACCAGGAGUCACUGUUAUCGUGCGCAAAUAUGAGACGCAUGCCUCAAUGCUGCUAGGGACAGUUUUUCUAGUGAGCGGGUUUGUGCUGGCUUCGUUCACACGUCGAAUCUGGCAGUUGUACCUGACCCAGGGUGUACUCAUUGGCAUUGGUGUCGGAUUUACCUACGUCCCAAGCAUUCCCAUCAUCUCGCAGUGGUUCGACAAGAAACGCAGUCUGGCAAACGGGAUCAGCAGCGCCGGGUCUGGUAUUGGCGGACUUAUCUAUUCGUUCUUGACUCAGGCCCUCAUCAGUAGACUUUCCUUACCCUGGGCUCUCCGCAUCACAGGCAUCAUAAGCGGUUCUUUCCUGCUCCUAGCCACGCUGCUCAUCCGAAACCGAAACAAGGCCAUCCAGCCCAGACAGAGGGCAUUCGACCUCAAUCUCCUGCGCCGUUUUGACGUGCUUCUGUUUCUGGCAUGGGCCUUCAUCAGCAUGUUCGGCUAUAUCACCUUGUCGUACUCGUUGCCGGAUUAUGCACGGUCUCUUGGGCUUAAUGGAGAGCAGGCUGCGUUAGUUAACGCGCCGCUGAACGUCGGCAAUGCCAUAGGACGUCUAUGUACAGGACUAGCCAGUGAUCGUUUCGGACGAAUCGAAAUUGCCGGGCUGUUGACCUGUGUAUGUGGAUUAUCGUGCUUUGCGAUCUGGAUGUCUGCGACGUCGUAUGGCGUCCUAUUGUUCUUUGCUUUCUUUUCAGGGGGUAUACUUGGGGUUUUCUGGGUUACUGUCGGACCCAUCAGCGUGGAAGUGGUUGGACUCGUCGAGCUGCAGUCGUUAUUGUCCCUGGCAUGGUUCACGACUGUGCUACCCACCACAUUUUCCGAGGUUAUUGCGUUGAAACUGCGUCGAAAUGGCUCGAAGCAUGAAUAUCUCUAUCCUCAGAUAUUUUCCGGCUUGUCGUACUGCGUGGCGAGUAUGUUCUUGCUCGUUCUCUGGUGGCGAAUGAGGGUUAGGUAUCGGUGA